CUUCUCUUACGAGGUCCUGUGUUUAUCAAAGAACCCAGCAACAGCAUUUUCCCUGUUGGUUCAGAAGAUAAAAAAAUAACUUUAAAUUGUGAAGCAAGAGGCAGCCCUUUACCUCAUUACAGAUGGCAACUGAAUGGAAGUGACAUUGAUUUGAGUAUGGACCAUCAUUAUAAGUUGAAUGGAGGAAAUCUCAUAGUUAUUAACCCCAACAGAAAUUGGGAUAUAGGAAAUUACCAGUGUUUUGCAACAAAUUCACUUGGAACAAUUGUCAGCAGAGAAGCCAAACUCCAGUUUGCUUAUCUUGAAAAUUUUAAAACCAAAAUGAGAAGCACAGUGUCAGUGAGAGAAGGCCAGGGAGUCGUCCUGCUCUGUGGCCCCCCGCCACACUCUGGUGAACUGUCGUAUGCAUGGAUCUUCAAUGAGUAUCCAUCGUUUGUUGAAGAAGAUAGUCGGAGAUUUGUUUCUCAAGAGACAGGACACCUCUACAUAGCUAAGGUGGAACCAUCUGAUGUGGGAAAUUACACAUGUGUGGUGACAAGUACAGUGACAAAUGCCAGAGUACUGGGCUCCCCAACUCCUUUGGUGCUACGUUCUGAUGGAAUAAUGGGUGAAUAUGAGCCCAAAAUAGAAGUUCAGUUUCCUGAAACUCUUCCAGCAGCUAAAGGGUCACCUGUGAAAUUAGAGUGUUUUGCACUUGGAAAUCCUGUACCACAGAUUUAUUGGAGAAGAAGUGAUGGAAUGCCAUUUUCCAGCAAAAUUAAAUUGCGGAAGUUCAAUGGUGUGCUUGAAAUCCCCAAUUUCCAACAGGAAGAUGCAGGUUCCUAUGAGUGCAUUGCUGAGAAUUCAAGAGGAAAAAAUGUGGCCCGAGGGCGUCUCACUUACUAUGCGAAGCCUCAUUGGGUUCAGCUCAUAAAAGAUGUGGAAAUAGCUGUGGAGGACAAUCUUUUUUGGGAAUGUCGGGCGAGUGGCAAGCCCAAACCCUCCUACAGAUGGCUAAAAAAUGGAGAAGCCCUGAUGCUAGAGGAGAGAAUACAGAUAGAAAAUGGUGCCCUGACAAUAUCAAACCUCAACGUGACUGACUCUGGCAUGUUCCAGUGCAUAGCAGAAAAUAAACACGGCCUUGUCUAUUCUAGUGCCGAACUCAAGGUUGUCGCCUCUGCUCCAGAUUUUUCAAGAAACCCAAUGAAAAAAUUGGUUCAGGUACAGGUGGGAAGCCUGGUAAACUUGGAUUGCAAACCCAGAGCCUCCCCCAGGGCACUCUGUUCCUGGAAGAAAGGAGAUGUGAUGGUGCACAGACAUGAAAGGAUUUCUUUUUUAAGUGAUGGUGGACUCAGAAUAGCCAAUGUGACCAAAGCUGAUGCUGGAAUCUACACCUGCACCGCAGAAAACCAGUUUGGGAAAGCUAAUGGUACAACACACUUGGUUGUUACAGAACCAACAAGAAUAACUCUGGCACCGUCUAACAUGGAUGUUUCAGUGGGUGAAAGCAUCAUUUUACCCUGCCAGGUGCAACAUGACCCUCUCUUAGACACUAUGUUUACCUGGUAUUUCAAUGGCUCCCUCACGGAUUUUAAGAAAGAUGGAUCUCACUUUGAGAAAGUUGGUGGGAGUUCAUCUGGUGAUUUAAUGAUCAGAAACAUUCAGCUAAAGCAUAGUGGGAAGUAUGUCUGCAUGGUGCAAACUGGAGUGGACAGCGUUUCAUCUGCUGCCGAGCUCAUCGUAAGAGGUUCACCUGGACCACCAAAAAAUGUAAAGGUAGAUGAAAUUACAGAUACAACAGCUCAGCUUUCUUGGAAAGAAGGUACAGAUAACCACAGCCCAGUUGUAUCCUAUGCAGUCCAGGCUAGGACACCCUUCUCCGUGGGCUGGCAAACUGUCACAACAGUGCCUGAGGUCAUUGAUGGCAAAACACUCACAGCUACUGUAGUGGAGUUAAACCCCUGGGUAGAAUAUGAAUUUCGGGUUGUAGCCAGUAACAAAAUUGGAGGUGGAGAACCCAGUUUACCCUCAGAAAAAGUAAGAACUGAAGAGGCAGUUCCAGAAGUGCCUCCUUCUGAAGUCAAUGGAGGAGGUGGAAGCCGUUCUGAACUGGUGAUAACCUGGGAUCCAGUCCCUGAAGAACUACAAAAUGGUGAAGGUUUUGGGUAUGUUGUUGCUUUCCGCCCUCUUGGGGUUACCAACUGGAUCCAGACGGUGGUGACAUCCCCUGAUGCCCCAAGAUAUGUCUUCAGGAAUGACAGCAUCGUGCCAUUUUCACCAUAUGAAGUUAAAGUGGGAGUUUAUAAUAACAAAGGUGAAGGGCCAUUUAGCUCAGUGAUGACAGUAUUCUCUGCAGAAGAAGAGCCUACGGUAGCUCCAUCUCAAGUCUCUGCCCAUAGCCUGUCGUCUUCAGAAAUUGAAGUUUCAUGGAAUACCAUUCCCUGGAAGUUGAGCAAUGGACAUUUACUUGGCUAUGAGGUGCGGUACUGGAAUAAUGGAGGAGAAGAAGAAUCAUCAAGCAAAAUGAAAGUGGCAGGAAAUGAGACAUCAGCCAGGCUCCGGGGUCUGAAGAGCAACCUGGCCUAUUACACGUCUGUCCGGGCUUACAACAGCGCGGGUGCUGGUCCCUUUAGUGUCACAGUUAAUGCAACUACCAAGAAAACCCCUCCCAGUCAGCCACCAGGAAAUGUAGUUUGGAAUGCCACAGACACGAAAGUGUUACUUAAUUGGGAGCAAGUGAAAGCAAUGGAGAAUGAAUCAGAAGUAACAGGAUAUAAAGUUUUCUAUAGGACUAGCAGUCAAAAUAAUGUGCAGGUGCUGAACACAAAUCAAACUUCAGCUGAACUUUUGCUGCCUAUCAAAGAGGACUACAUUAUUGAAGUCAAAGCCACUACAGACGGAGGGGAUGGCACCAGCAGUGAACAGAUCAGGAUUCCAAGAAUAACCAACAUGGAUGCAAGAGGAUCCACUUCAGCCAUCUCAACUGUCCACCCUAUGUCAAGUUACAUUUCUGUAGUACUGUUCUUUAUUGUAAAUGCGUUGUGGUGA